UUCGGGAGCUUUCACGCGCGCGAAAACAAAUGAGUUUCGAAAUUCAAAAUAAUGUGUAUGUGAUUUGAAUUUGGAAUUUAAACGUUCGAAAAUGUCGUUGGGUAAGCAGCCGGCUGAGCAUAUAAAGCGGCCGAUGAACGCUUUUAUGGUUUGGUCGAGGGGACAGCGGAGAAAGAUGGCUCAGGAUAACCCGAAGAUGCAUAAUUCGGAGAUUUCGAAGAGGCUCGGAGCUGAGUGGAAGUUGUUGACGGAGAUGGAGAAACGGCCGUUUAUUGAUGAAGCGAAGCGGUUGAGAGCCCUCCACAUGAAAGAGCACCCAGACUACAAAUACCGUCCAAGACGAAAACCCAAAGCACUAGUCAAGAAAGAACCCAAAUUCGGGUUCAACAUCAGUGGGCUCAUGGCGCCAGUACCUCGGUUACUGCCACCGCCAUUGCCCAUGCAAAUGGACAAGCCGGAGCUGAGCCGAGCUCUGUUCCCGCCACUGUACCCGUUCUACCCCUUCAAACUGCCUCCAGAAGAUGGGAAACUGGCGGCGGAGCUGGCGCAUUUGCAGGUAAUGGCUCAUGCCCUCUACGGUGGUGCGCUUUAUGGUAGCUCACUAUACAGCAGUGCACUGUCCCCCUGCGGCUGUCCCCCGCGGCGCACACCCUCGCCCCCCGCGGACGUCAAGCGGCCCGUGGCCUACGUACUCAUGAAGGAUGAGGAGCCACCGCAGCACGUCAUAUGAAGGCCGGUGGCGCUCCCGGCCCGCGCCUGGCCCGGGCCCUGGGAGCGGCCUUCCACGUCCAUGCCAGAACGAGAUCUCUCCUCUCCGGAUAGCGUUUAAACACCUCCAAGAUACUUCAGGCUCUGAGGUCCCUCUGACGACGUCAUAUGAAGGUCGGUGCGCUCCCGGUCCGUACCUGACCUAGGCCCUUGGAGCGGCCUUUCACGUCCAUGCCAGAACGAGAUCUGUCCUCUCCUGGUAGUGUUUAAACACGUCCAAGAUACUUCAGACCCUAGGGUCUUGAUGACGUCAUAUGAAGGCCGGUGGCGCUCCAUGCCCGCGCCUGGCCUGGGCCCUGGGAGCGGCCUUCCACGUCCAUAACAGAGUGGGAUCUGUCCUCUCCUGAUAGCGUUUAAACACGUCCAAGAUACUUCAGGCUCUGGGGUCCUGAUGACAUCAUAAUGAAGGCCAGUGGUGCUAAAGAUACCCGCCUGACUCGGGACCGGUGAACGGCCUUCCACGUUCAAGCCAUCCUCUCCUCAUCGCUAUCAGACCGUAUGAAGACCGUGGCAUUCUCUACUGAUGACGUAAGCUAUUGACGUUUCCGGCCAACCAGACUCUGGAACAGCCUUCUACGUCCAUGUCUGAACGCGAUCUGUCCUCUCCUCAUAACGACUUUUAAACAUGGUCAAGAUGCCUCAGGCUCUACCUACAGGGUCGCACCACAGGUCCUUACCUGAUAUCCUGAUGUGGCAUUCCCACCCCGCGGGCUUUCAGAAUGGGAGUGGGUGUCUACAUCCAUGCCAUGAGAGGAUCUCUCCUUUCCUAAUGUCGUUUCAACACGGAUUAGUUGCCUAGGUUAAGUUAAGACUGACUGAACUUUAGUGCAAUGACUAGACACAAGUGCUAGAAGUGCUCAAGUGACCGAAAGUGCUAGUGCAAUCUUAUGAAAGUGCAAUGUAAGUAUCUUAAAUAGAUAACAUAUCAUAAUUUAGUGAUAAGCUAAGUGUUAGUAAAGUAUAUGUCAAUUUGUAAAAAGACUCACCUUCUGCACUGUAUAAUAAUGAUUAGUGACAAUUUGGAAAUGAUGAAGUUUGUCGCUAGGAUAGUAGGCACUAGUUUAUAAAAAAUAAUGGAAAUUACAAUCAUCACAACUACAAUACCCGUUCUGCAGUUAUAUUUUUAUUUUGGAAAUAGAUUUAAAGUUAUUAGAUGUUUAGAGCAAAAACACAAUACAUUGACACAAUACGAUGACGACGCGAGUUGAAUGAUUGACUUUCCGAAGUGUUAAAUACCAAUUUUGGAUUUUAAAACCGAAUCAACUUUAUACACGCAGUCCGUCUUUUUAGCACUAUUUGUAAGUGUGAUAAGGACGCACUGACGCGAUAAGGUCUAUCACACUUAGUGUGCUACGCCCGCAGGACGAGUUUGAGUUCUU